UCGAGCUCAUUUGAAAAUUUCAAUUUCCCGAGAGCGGUUGCGGUCGAAACGGCUCCUGAGUCCAUCCGAAUUUAAAUCGCAUCCAGCCAAGGAGGUCCUGCAUUUUGUCGUGGAACUUAAAUCCGAGUUCGAAUCGAAGCGCAGUGGUGGUUUCUCUCUCUCUCUCCCCGCGUGUGUGUAUGUGUGCGAGUGGCAGGAAAAGUGCGAAGCCGAAAUCUGUUAGCUGAAAGAAAGCGCAACUUCAAUUAGCAAAAGCAAAAGUAGUAAAAGAAAAGUAAGAAAAAAAAUUAAAAAUAAUGGCAAGCGAAGUGGCCCAAAUACCCGCCGAGGAAACGCCCGCAGUGGCGGCGUCGGAAAAGUCAGAGGAGCCGGAAAAAUCGGCAGCCCCGCCAGCGGAUUCUGCGGCGGCUCCAGCUGCCGCCCCCGCAGUGGAGAAGGCGGAGGAGUCUGCUGAGGACAAGAAGGACGAGACCGGAAAACAGCAGGAAAACAACGAUGAGGCCAAGAAGGAUGAGGCGGUGGCCGCUCCAGCCGCUGCCAAAUCGGAAGCCCCGCCCGCCCAGAAAUUCAAUGUGCACAAGACCAACUUCGAGAAGGACAUCAUCUAUCUGUACCAGUUCUCCCGCACCCCGCUGCUGCCCUCUUUAUCGCCCUAUUGCUUAAAGGUGGAGACCUGGCUGCGUCUUGUGGGUCUGAAAUACGAGAAUGUCGAUCAUAAGAUGCGUUUCCGCUCCAAGAAGGGUCAACUGCCUUUCAUCGAGCUGAAUGGAGAGGAGAUCGCCGAUUCGGCCAUUAUCAUCAAGGAACUGUCGUCCAAGUACGAAAAGAAUCUGGACUCGGGACUCACCGCCGAGCAGAGGAACGUGUCGUACGCCACGAUUGCCAUGUUGGAGAACCAUCUCAUCUGGAUCAUCUUCUACUGGCGCGCCAAAUAUCCGGACAAUGUGCUCAAGGGCUACAAGGUCAACUUGCAGCACGCCCUCGGCCUGCGGCUGCCCAACUCGAUUCUGAACUUCUUCUUUAAGAUCACCUUUGGUCGCAAGUGGUUCCAGGGCACGAAGAAGCUGAAGGCGCAUGGCAUCGGCGUUCACAGCGCCGAGGAGAUCGAGGAGUUCGGCAAGAACGAUCUGAAGGUGCUCAGCGAGAUGCUCGACUGCAAGCCGUUCUUCUUCGGCGACGAGCCCACCACCCUGGACGUGGUGGCCUUUGCGGUCCUCUCGCAGCUCCACUAUCUGUCCAAGGACAUUGCGUAUCCGCUGCGCGACUACAUGACCGAGAAGUGCCCCAACUUGAUUGGCCACGUUUCGCGCAUGAAGGACAAGUGCUUCCCCGACUGGGACGAGAUCUGCACGAAGCUGGACCUCAAUGCGCACAUUCCCAAGCCAGAGCCAGAGACCAAGGAGGGCAAGGAAGGUGGCGAGCAGGAGAAAUCAAAUGAGCAGGAGGGCACUGAAGGCGAUAAGAUCGAGAAGGAGUUGGAGAAGGACAAGUCAAACGAGAAGGAGUCGACCGAGGAGAACAAAGAGAAGGAGGAAACAAAGUAAAUUCGCCGUUAGUUAUAUGCGUACAUAUAUCUAGUAUAUGUGUAUGAUCGAAGGAAACAAAAACACCCACAUACACACACAUUAUAUAUAUAUACAUAUGUAGUACGAUACUAUAUAGUAAGGCCCUAUAUAGCUAGGCGCUGCGCUCUCAUAUAUAAGCAUUCAGACAUCAGAAAACCACUCGAAAAACUAAAAAAAAAAAAACAACAUUAAGAAAACACCCAUUUACAAAACUAGGACAACUGUAAAGCAAAAGCAGGCAAAACCAUCAGCAAGAGAACGAUCCACUAAGUAAUGAGAAAAACAAAAAAGCAUAUACAAUAACGUAACGUAAAAACUUUGGACAUCUUUUUUUAUAUAUUUACACGAUGACGUUUGUAUUACAAGAACAAGAAACAAAAAGCAAAAAAUUCAAGAAAACGCAAAAAAAAAAAACGUAAAAACCAUUUAGUAUAAAAUUAUAAAAGUUUAUACGUAUAAAUAUUAAGAAGAUGAAUGAAAGCGAUGAGAGCGGGGGAGAAAUUAUAAAAAAUUAGUUAAAGAACUCGAUUAAAACAAAGAACAAAGAACAAGUGAGCAAAACGUGAGUAAAAAGAGUGAAGCCAGAUAGGAGGAAAAGUUAGGAAGGUGUAGAACAGCAUACAAUACGCAUUAAUCAUUAGUUUUCAUUCAAAAGCGAUCUAUAUAAUACACUCAUUCACACACACUCACUCACUCACUCUCACAGACACUCUCACACACACAUAUAGCAUAUGCAGCAACAAUUGCAACUCGAUGGUAUUGUUUACUCUUCCAAAAUUGAUUAAGCUUAAAGUAAAGGAAAGGAUCCGCAACCAGUACGAUAGGAGGAUAUGAUAUGACAUUUAGUGAUGGUUAGUUGGGAUGACAUGCAAUGGGAAUGAGAAUGAGAAUGGUAUAGGAAUGAUAUAACGGAAUGACGGCAAUUAAGUUUAUUUUUUAUAUAUAUAUGAUUGCAAAUAGUAAUUUUGAUUCUCGUGUGCAAAUAAUUAAACAAAGCGGAUAAAAUUUAUUACUUAUAAUUAUAUACAUAAACCUUAUAUACGCCCAUUAUGCAUAAAGAUGUGUAAAAAACAAAACAAAACAAAACAAACAACAAAACAUAAAAACUGUAUGUUGGUUCUUUUAUUAUAUUAUAUAUUAUUUCUAUAAAUAUUAUUGUAAUUGUAUGUGUAUUAUGAUUUUGCUAACCAAAAUCCCCAUUGUAUGAGAUGUUCAGAGCGUUGAUCCAUCGGUGUUUCACCCCCAUACACAAAAAACAAACCAAUUCGAACCAAAAACAAAUACUCGGCCAUCCAUACGAAACAAAAUUUACCAUUUAAUUUGUACGAAUUUGUGUAACUACUUAUGUAUAUUCUUUUGGUACGUCCACUGAAACAAAAUUAUGUACGCCUCAAUUAUUUUUUCUACUGUCUUGUGUUUUAUACAAUUUAAUUUAAUGAUAUUGAUUAUGCAAAUAUAUAUAUAAAUAUAAACAUAAUUUCUACUGUAAUUAAAAACGCUGCAGACAACAAAAACAAACGACAAACUCAUAGAAAACACAACAAACAUCAAAGGAGAAGACGGAGCGGAAGAACUGGAAGAAUUCUCCGCGGGGAGAUCACUCUCCCCUCUCGUUCUCCUAAUCUAACACUUUCUCCCUUAUCCAGUCGGCCGCCUCUCAUUCAUUCACGGAUUCCUCUGUGUUUAUUGUUUUCCUUUUUUUUUUUUUUUAACUUCUCAUAAAAUAAAAAAGUCAUCAGCCACAGAUGGGAGAAUGAAUGAAAUCUUUUAUUAGGGUAAAACUCACACAACUAAGAAAUACGAAAAAAAAAAAAUCGAAAACGAA